GUGGGUCCGUGGAAAUUGAUAUGAAAUCGCUUAGAAUUUUUUUUCAACCUUGAACGAUAAACAUGUACACGAUUGUAUCAUGAGUCAACUAAUUUAAAACUUUUAAACAAAAAAAUAUAUUCCAUUGUGCGAUACGCUUCGGCUGGCAGGUAAGUAAGAGUACAUUUUUGAUCAUUCACGUUUUUUUGUAAAAUUCACGCUGCGAAACGAAGAUAAAUACCACUACAAAAUAUUAAAUUAUCACGAGUCAACUUCCAACCACACAAGACGAUGCUAGAAACACUGUCGCAAAAAUGCAGCAUUCCAAAGAGAUACAUCAUCUCUCUAAUGGUAUUCAUAGGCUACUCGAAUAUCACAUUUUUACACACCAACCUAUCCAUGGCUGUUGUAGAAAUGACAGCAAUCCGAAAUAUAUCCAAUCACGACGGCUCCUACGAAAUGAGAGCUGAAUUCAAUUGGACAUCUCAGGAAACAGGUCAAAUAUUGAGUUCUUACUCGUAUGGCCGAUUAUUUAGCCCCCUAGGAGGACUACUAGCAGGAAAACUAGGAGGGAGCACUAUUUACAGUAUCGGCACAUUUGUCAUGACAAUCAUUACUUUCUUAACGCCUGUCUUGUUAUCUGAUAGUGUGACGUUGUUCGUCGUCGUUUACAUCAUCUUUGGAGCUUUUGAGGCAUUUUUGAUCGCUGGAGUUCCGCAGAUCGUCUCACGUUGGUCUCCUCCCAAUGAACGGGCUAGGUUCAUCUCGUUUGGGGAGAUUGGGUUUUAUUUCGGAGCUGUUGUUUCGUUCGUGAUUUCUGGAUGGAUUUUGAAGAAUUUUAGAUGGGAGGUGUUGUUUUAUAGCAGUGGAUUGGUCUCUUUCGUGUGGUUUUGGAUAUGGUUCAUUGUCGUGAAAAAUGAUCCAUCACAGGAUAAGAAUGUCAGCGAGAUCGAAUUGAAAUAUAUUCAAGAGACGCUAAAUAAUGGCACUUACAUCGAAGAAAAGUUGGUAUAUCCUUGGAAAAAAAUCAUGGUUUCCACAUCUCUCUGGGUAGCUGCUUUGGCUGAAUUUUCCAUCGUAUGUGGUUAUAUAUUCACAGCUGUAUUUUUGCCGCAGUUCAUUAAAGAUACCGAACACAUAGAUAUAGCACAAAUUGGAAUCACUUCGACACUUCCACAGAUCUGUGCCAUGAUUUCCAUGCCAUUGAGUGGUAUUAUAGGUGAUUUCGUGAGAUCACGUAACUGGAUGUCCAUUACCAAUGUUCAUCGACUUUUUGCCGGAGUUACAUUAUUCAGCGCUGCAAUUUGUUAUGCUUUGGUGUCCGUGUGGUCUAAUUUUGCCCUCGAUAUCGUGGCUAUUUCGUCGUUCCAAUUUUUCAGCACCUUCAUGUUGGUGGAUAUAACAGUUCUGUUUCUCGAUAUUUCACCAAAAUACACUGCAUUCCUCAUGUCCAUCGUGAACAUGUUCGCCAUCAGCGCUGGUAUUAUUGUCCCAUGUGCAGUAGGAUUCAUAGUCACAUCUCAUAGUCUUUCAGAGUGGAACACUUUUUUCAUGAUCUUCAGCAGUAUGUACGUUCUGGCGGCGUUGUUAUACUUGCAAUUUGUAUCUGGAGACAAACCAUCUUGGACUGACUAUAAUGGAGAUACGGAAUCAGACCGGUGAUGAGGAAAACUUGUGAUAAGAUGUAACCCAAAAAGGGUCAUUUUUUGCUAUGAGAAUGUACUCAAUAAUUAAUUAAUAUAAAAUUGUAAGUUUUUUUUUUUAAAAAAGAAUCAAAAAAUUUAUUGUUUUUUCACAACCACAAUUUAAUGAAACUUCCGUUGAAAAUAAACAAUCGCAAAACUCAGUUAAUCCUUCACUGGACAAACUCUGAAUUUCCAUGUUCACCCUGCAAA